AUGGCCACCGCACCAACCAAAGUGGGAAGUGCAUUCCCUGCUAACUUGAUCUUCUCGCAUAUACCUGCAGCAGCCGAUCCUGGACCAAUUACUACAUCCGGUUCUGCACCAGUUCCAUACAACGCUUCCGAAGAGUUUGCUCAUAAAAAAGUUGUUCUUUUCUCAGUGCCUGGAGCAUUUACACGAACUUGCUCUAACAAGCACCUUCCGGGCUUCUUGGACAAUAUUGACAAUUUCAAGAAGAAAGGUGUGGAUAUCGUUGCUUGCAUUGCUCACAACGAUGCACAUGUGAUGAAUGCAUGGAGGAAGGCAUUCAACGUACAAUCUGAAGACAUACUUUUUCUUUCUGAAACAGACUUGGGUUUGUCGAGACAACUGGACUGGACGAAUGGCGAUCGUGGCGCACGCUACGCUCUGAUCAUUGACAACGGGAUAAUUGUAUAUGCCGAGCAGGAAACCGAGCGUGGGGCGGUAACAGUCUCGGCUGCGGAGGCGGUGUUGAAUCGGCUAUAA